GUUGAAGACGAUGAAGAAGGAAGGGAAUUCAAAUGGAACAGAACAUGCGUGACUUCAGUGAUUCUUUUCCUUUUUUUUCUAACCGAAAUUAACGCCCUUUUCUUUCUUAAACUAUCAAAAUGUAUAAAAAAAAAAAAAUGACAAGCGAAUAUACAGAAAGACAAGUCCAUAGCAAACUAUAAUUUUGCUACGGACUGUAAUUUUACAAAGUUUGCUAUAGCAUACAAUUAGCAAUUUUUUAUUUGCUAUAUGUAAAAUUUUCUCAAAAAAGUAUGUGGUUAACGGGUCAAGUUUAGGUUUGAAUGCAAUCGGCCCACCGACCUUCUACUGACGCAUGCCAAGACGUAAGCCCAUAUAAGGCGGCCCCAAUCAAUUCAUUCACCUAUUAAAGAACGUUAAAUUAGGGUUUUCUUAUAAUUUCGUCUUUCUCAGGCUGCCGCCGAACAAUUCCACACACAGAAUUAGCGAUGGGGCGAAGUAGUAGCCCACCUCCAAAACCCUGGGAACGAGCUGGUUCUUCUUCAAGCCCUGCACCUUUUAAGCCCCCCUCUGCUGGUAGCACGAGUGACGUAGUAGAGGCAUCUGGAACAGCCAGGCCUGGUGAGAUUGUUUCAACUGCUAAUAGGAAUACAGCUGUUAAUAAUAGCACACUUGCAAGGCCUGUACCUACUCGACCUUGGGAGCAGCAGCAAACUUACGGUAGCUCAUACGGAGGUAUUAAUACAGGUAUGAAUUAUAAUUCUGGAUAUGGAACUGGAACAUAUGGUUCUUAUGGUGGUGGCUAUGGAAGCGGAAGCACAUACGGAAGUGGUUUGUAUGGAAACAGUAUGUACAGAGGAGGUUAUGGUGGACUUGCAGGCGGUGGCAUGUAUGGUGGAGGAAUGUACAAUAGUGGGUAUGGUGGCUCAAUGGGAGGUUAUGGCAUGGGCGGUAUGGGUGGUAUGGGCGGCAUGGGCAUGGGACCCUAUGGGGACCAAGAUCCAAAUAAUCCAUAUGGUGCUCCACCUUCUCCACCAGGCUUUUGGGUCUCCUUCAUGCAUGUGAUGCAAGGCGUUGUAACUUUCUUUGGCCGCGUUGCAAUGUUGAUAGACCAGAAUACCCAGGCAUUUCACAUGUUCAUGUCGGCACUCCUUCAGCUGUUUGAUCGCUCAGGGUUAUUAUAUGGAGAGCUGGCAAGAUUUGUGCUGAGAUUGCUGGGGGUCAAAACAAAGGCCAAUAAAAUUCAUCCCCCAGGCGCUAAUGCACCUCAUGGCCCUAAUGCACUUCCUGGUCCUCACCAACCUCGUGGUAAUCAGAACUUUAUCGAGGGGCCUAAGGCUGCUCCAGGUGCUGCAUGGAACGAUGUGUGGGGUGAUAAUGCACAGUGAUAUAGAGUAGUGACUUACAAAUGUCACCUACCAUCGGAAGCCGUUGACAACAAGUUGCAGUUUGUUGAAAGCUACAGUAUAUAUAAGAGCUAUGCUGGUGUACUCGUAUGUAAAGCCAAUCAGCUUACCGUGCUGGAUUGAUUUGCUGCAUUUAAAUGAAUAAUAAUCUCGACUCCCCCCCCCACCCCACCCCACCCCCUUCCCCUGCCAUAUUUGUGUGGGAUUGUAGGUUGUUAUAGAUCAAUGUGCACGUCAGUUUUGGAGACUGAACAAAAUCGUUCUAGAAAUGAUGUGGUAUGAUUUCCAUUGAUUGGCGAUAAGAUGUUUCAUUGUUACAUCAUUUGUGUAAAUUCA